UAGAUAAAUUUCGAUAAUUUAAUUGCGUUUAGUGUAAAUUUAUUACUGUAUAUAUUGUAUUAUCUUAUAUGGAAAUGGAUAAUGUAAAUAAUAAAUUAAAUACUGUAUUGGGACUAUUUAUGAACAUAAUUAGUUUAAACAACCGACGCAAGUUGAUUGCAAAGCGUUUGGAAAGUAAAUAUCCACAGAAUUCUGAUUUUUCAGCGCAGAAUGUUAUGCCAGGGUGGAUAUUCUUCCAAAAUAUUUAAGUUAGUUAUGCAAAAAGAUAAUGCGACUGUACGAAAAUAUUUAAGGCUUACAGUAACUGCAUUAGAGAGUGUAUUUAAUUAUUCUAAACAGUUUCUAAAAACUGAGAAGGGCUGGAGCUGCUAUUUCAAUAUUACUGUGUUUCUGUAUUGGCUUGGCUGUGGAGCAAGCUACCGAGUAACAGGAGCUUCAUUUGAAAUAUCCAGAUACACGGUGCGAGAUAUUGUACAUAAAUGCUUAAAAGGUUUCCUUACAUUUAAAUCUUCUGUUAUCAAAUAUCCAAUGGAAAGUGAGUUUCCCGAAAUUUCAAGACAAUUCAAUCAACUAGCUGGUAGUACAAUUUUCGAUCGUGCAUUAGGUGUAAUAGAUGGAACACAUAUACCUAUAGCUGUGCCUACACGACUUCGGGACGAAUAUAUGAACCGAAAGUCUUUUACAUCUCUUAAUUUGCAAGCUGUGUGUUCUAGUACAAAUAAAUUUUUAUCUAUUUGCGUUGGUUUCCCAGGGUCUAUGCCUGAUGAAGCGGUUUUAUAUAACAGUGAGUUAUUCAAUACACAUAGUUUUCCACCUGCAGGUUACUACCUAUUAGGUGAUAAUGCGUAUUCUUGUCGAGCUAGUCCAAUAGGCAUUUUGACACCAUAUAAAAGAUUGCAACCGUUAACAGCAAGACAAAAAAAAUUUAACGAGCUCCACAGCAAGGCCCGUUCCAUUAUUGAAAAUACAUUUGGUACGUUAAAACUACGUUGGCGGUCGAUUUUCGAUAAUGUACUUAGGUUAAAAGUCGAACAUUGUAUUCAAACAAUAGCUGUAGCAUGUGUAAUGCAUAAUAUAUGUCUGAAUGAUGGAUUUGAAAUUGAUGAAAAACACAAUAUCUCAGAGGACUUGAAAUAUGAAGAAGUUCUGAUUGAAGACGAAAACAUUGCUGCUGCAGUUAUGCGCGAUGAAAUUGCAAACAACAUUCGCCUGUAAUUAAUAGCAGAAUCUUUUCAUUUAUAAAUUAUAGAUUAUAUAAAUAUAGUAGUCAAAAA